UUUUUGCUUUCAAAAUUUUCAGCUUGAUAUCCUCUCUUCUUCUUCUUGCCUUUAAUUUUUGGGUGGUAUUUCGUAUUUAUUGUGCCAAUCUGCAAAUGGGUUGGCUCGGGUUUGUCACUCUCUAACUCCCUUUGGUCGAAAAUUAUUGUUAGGCUCACGUGGUUUGUUUUCUUGCGAGAUUAUUGUUUUUUUGGACGUUUUCAAGGUUUUGGAGCUAUUGUGGUUUAUGUCUAGAUCUGUUGAACUUCAAAUAUUUGCUGAUGCUGUGUAAAGAAUCAAUUUUUUGGGGGGUUAGAUUUCGCAUUUUGGUAUUUGGGGGUGUUGGGGAUGUGAUGAUAAGCUGAGAUUCUUGAAUUUCGACCCUCUUCAGCUGCUUCAUUUGAAGGAAAACUUACAAGGGUGCUGGGUUUUCUUUCUGUUGAACAUCAGUGAUUAAUAAUUGAGGAGAGUCAAUUCCAAUUUUCAACUGCCGUUUCGUGCAACAAAAAUGGAGAGAACGAAGAAAUUUAGGCAAGUCAGCCCAGAACGGGCCAAAGUGUGGAAAGAAAAAUCGCCCAAGUAUCAUUACAAUCACCACUACGAUCAGCAGCCGCCGCAGCACAACCAGAAGGUGCCGGUAGUUUACUAUCUAUCUCGAAAUCGACAACUCGAGCAUCCCCAUUUCAUGGAGGUCCCCCUGUCCUCUCCUGAUGGCCUUUACUUGAGAGAUGUGAUUGAGAGGCUUAAUGCGUUGAGAGGCCGAGGCAUGGCUUCGAUUUACUCCUGGUCCUGCAAGAGGAGUUACAAGAACGGAUAUGUAUGGCAUGAUCUUUGUGACGAUGAUUUGAUUCUUCCUGCUCAUGGGAAUGAGUAUAUCCUCAAGGGUUCAGAGCUCUUUGAAGAUUCCAAUUCUGGUAACUUUAGUCCCGCUGAGACUGUCAUAUUACACAAUCAGAAGGCACUUCCAGAACCACCAUCUUCAAGAAGCCAAGAGGAGUCGUCAUCUUCGUCUAGCUUGAACGACAGGACUACAAAAACUUCUCAGGAGGAUGAAUUAUCUCCUCCGGAUCAGCGUCCUUGCUCCUCAUCCGUGUCUCCUGAGUGCAGCACUGAGAAGAAUUCAUCGUGGAACGGCUCUUUGAGCCUGACCGAGUAUAAAAUCUACAAGAGUGAUGGUCUUGCUGAUGCUUCCACUCAAACCGAGGACAAUGCCAACAGAGGUGCUAGAGCCCGAGAUACUUGUAUGAGAGGCGUGUCGACUGAUGAUGGAUUAGCGGAGCCUGAAAGUAGUGGUCCUCGUCCUAGCCAAGCUCCUCGCGUGAAAGCCACUCCAGAGAUUUGCCGAGACUUUGUUUCACCACCUCCUUCUACAUCCAGCGCUUCUUCAACAAGUGGCAGGACCGAUACCUUGGAAUCUCUCAUUAGAGCUGAUGCUAGGAAGCUCAACAGCUUUAGGAUACUUGAAGAAGAGGAAUUCCGAGUGCCAUCCCAUUCUAAACUAAAGGCUUCGAAUAUGAUAAUGCAACUGAUAUCUUGUGGUUCAAUAUCUGUCAAAGAUCAUAGCUUUGGCCUUAUCCCGACCUACAAGCCAAGGUUCUCACACUCCAAAUUUCCUUCCCCGUUGUUCUCAACAUCAUUAAUGUUGGGAGAGCUUGAUUGCCUGGCAGAGAAUCCUCGUCUUAUGGGCAUGACUUUGGAGGACAAAGAGUACUUCAGUGGGAGUUUGUUAGAAAGGAAUAUGAUGAAGGAAGGGGCACCCAGUUUAAAAAGAUCAUCUUCGUUUAAUGCUGACCGCACCGAGCAACUUAAUUCUACGGAAGACAAAGAAGAGGGAGGUUCCACACGCACCAAGUGCAUCCCGAGAUCAAUUAAAGUCGCCCUAAGCAAGCAGUCGAGAUGUGAAUCAAUGCGGUCCCCUGUUUCUGAGGAACCAAGAAUCUCAUCCGACAGAGUUGGGAGUUCACGAACAUCCACACCUGCCUCAUCCAUUGGUGGGAGCAAGAGAACUACUGAGCCACUCUCAGGGAAAAAUUUAUCAAACAAACUAGAUUCUUCCAGAAAUCUUAACGACAACGUGAUCCAAAUCGAAGAAAGGCUUACUUCAGGAGCUCGGGUUAUAAUUCAGUCGAAAGUAUGUUCAGACAGCGAGGGUAGCUCAUAGUGGACGCGUACGAGACUAAGGAGAUGGAAUCAUGGAAGAAUUGACAUACUAUUCUGAAUGAAUUGUUCAUGUCAAUGGAGCAAUGGUUGAAGCCUUUUGAGGUGACUCUUCAUCUCAUGCAUAUGCAAUUUUGUUUUCCUUGAAAUGUUUUCUAGUGAAUUAAUUAUGCUGACUUUAGUGAGAACCCCCAGAUUUACACUAGGAUGGUGAGAGAAAAUUUACCUUGCAUUGUUAAGUUUAUUAUUCAAGUAUUUUUGUUCUAUU